UACCCGUUGUGUUUUAGGAAUGUAACAAGAGCAAUUCAAGAUCCCGUAUCGUCGUAUGUUACCCAAAAUUUUUGACAAAGGUCAAGUGACAUCGGCUUCGUUAUCAAUCUUGCUGAAGUUACUGCUAUGUCAAGAAGUCAUUAAACCGUUUCAGUUCCUGAUUAGUUGAAGAAGCUUCUAACGUAUGCAAACAUUGGGAAUCAUUUUAAUAAAGUUCUAAACAAAUAUUUAUAUUUCUUUGGUGUUUGAUCGCUGUUCAACGAAACAAAUUAAAUAUAAAUUAUAAUCAUUAAGUUCUGUGCAGGCAGUGCAUUCAUGGAGUUAUCUUACAUUAUCUUCUCUGUCUUUCUUGUCGUGGGAAAAUAUGAUUCAGCACCUGUUUAUUCGAAUAUUGAUACUAUCUCACCAUCUUUGUCUGCGAUAAAUUUUAUGAAGGAGUAUGGGUACUUGGAAAGUGGUACAGCUGACUCGGAUGCGUUAUAUGAGAAAAGUGCCAUAACAAACGCAGUAAAAACUUUACAAGAGUUUGGCAAUAUCCCAGUUACUGGGCAACUGGAUAACACGACGCUUAAGUUAAUGGCAUCUCCACGAUGUGGUGUUCCUGAUAUUUUAAGGAAAAAGGAAAAAUCUACGACGUAACAAGCGUUUCAUAAUAGGAUCGAAAGGUUGGAAAACAAUAAACAUCACAUGCUUGUAUGUACUUAAAAACAUUUAACAAUGAAGCACAACAGCUUAGCUUAUCUUCCAUGUUCAUUACAUGUAUCUAUUAUUACGUGUAUCACAAAUAGUAUAACUAACUGGACGCCAAAGGUGGGAGAAGAAACGAUUACAUCUGAAAUUGGGACUUUGAACAGAUGGAGCGAGUAUUCAAGACUUAACUUUACGCCGAUUCAUAGUCCAUAUCCUGAGAUUGUCAUUGCUUUUAAU